CCGUAAAACGAAUUUCAUUUAGUGUUUGAUAACGUAAUAAACUGCAACAUGCGUGUUAUAAAAAACAUUUUGACUGCAUUAUUGUACCAGGCUCUACUCGUAUUAUCAUCCGACGAUACAAUGGACGAAGAUGAUGAAAUUACAACCACUGAGCAAACAGAAGAAGAGUGGCAUAUGGACUUCAUGCCGACCGGAUACCUUCCAGACAGUGUAUAUAGGGAGCUGGCAUGGUAUGGAAUAUUACAAAUACAGCCACUUCAUCAUAGCUCGAAGCACAAAGUAGCUGCUCAGUUGAUAUGGCAGCAUACUCUUGGACGACCUCAUGUGAUUAUGGAAAAUCCACCGCAGUCCUUGCAAUCGGAAGGAAAAGUAAGCCGGCAAAUUUUAGCUGAGGAAGCAGCAAAGUGGUCAAGAGAACAACGAGCUGCCCAAGAAGUUCUUAUGGAAAAUAUAAAGAGUGGCGGGAAUGGCUUGACAGUAAGGACCGUAAUCAGUGCCACUACCAAAACUAUUUACAUAAUACAAAAUGGAAAUUACUACAAGUGCCCAGAAGGUUCUGAGCCUGACCUUGAGGCAUAUAGAGUUCAAGCAAACAUGCAUGAAAGAAAAUGCACGUAUGGGAAGCAGUCGAUCCCUGUCGUUGUUGAUCCAUGCAUAGAAGCUGAAAUGGCACCCAUAGAAUAUUCAUUUCAUGAAGGUUGGAUGUUUUGUCUUGGGAACGGUGAAAGAGAAAAUAACUACUUUCAAAAUGGAACUUUAGAUUGUGGUAACAAAACUAAGGUGGGAGUACACAAGUUUUUGGAUAUGUGUGCUAUAGAUAAUAACAUUGUUAUAACUUUUGAUUACUUUGGUGACGAGCCUCGUAAGGAUAUGAUGCAUAAUGCUACACUUUGUACUUCGUGGGAUCCCUGCCGAUUGUCUUAUUUGUAUCGUCUUGAGCCUCCUCCUGCUGAAAUGACACCUUCAUUCCCAACAUCAACACCAAAUCCAUGUGAAACAACUGUUUGCCCGGAGUGUCUAGAAGGUCAUACUGAUGAUCCAGGAGUUCCCAUUGAGAUUUUCUCUGAUUAAUAUGGAAAAAUGAUUUAUGAAUUUAUAAGAUAAAACAUUGUUUUUUUUCAUUAAUUAUUAAUACUGUUGUAAUAUAUUU